UGGAGGUUAAAAGAUAUGGCUAAUUUUUUGUCCAUUACCCGGGAACCCUUGGAUGUUGCAGCUAUUACAAAUUCAAUAUUUCAUGAAGAUUGUGGUGCUGUUUCCUUAUUCGUAGGGACGACUAGAAAAUCGUUUGACGGAAAAAUGGUACAUUCGCUUGAAUAUGAAGCAUACGAGACAAUGGCUCUGAAGGAACUUAAAAAAAUUUGUGAUUCAGUGCGCUCCAAUUGGAAAGAUGUAGUGAACAUCGCAAUACAUCACCGUCUCGGUUUAGUUGCACCAAAGGAAGCAAGUGUGGUUAUUGCUAUAUCGUCUCCCCAUCGAGAAGACGCAUUUAAGGCAGUUUCGUAUUCUAUUGAACAUUUGAAGAAAUCUGUACCUAUUUGGAAAAAAGAAUUGUAUAGCGAUGGAGAUUCAAGUUGGAAAGAAAACAAAGAAUCAUGCGACAAAGACAACUUUAUUUUCCUAAAAACUCAGAUAUGUAAUGAAACUUCUGUGCCAAAUGACUUAGUACAAAUAUCAGUUGACAAAAAUGAGAUUAAAAAGCGUAUUACAUGUUACCUCCAAAAAAAACGUGAUGAGAUUAAUCAAAACAACAUUAUUGACUAUAGAAGUAUGCCUAACUAUGCAAAAUUAGACGAUGGAACUCAUCCCAAUUUUCCGGUAGAAAAUUUAUGUGCGCGAGUAAAUACUACCGUUGUAAAGCAAGAUAGUUCAAAAUGUCUUUUAAAAGUUUGCAGAGUAAAAAACGCCUCAGGACCUCAAAUACGGCCAAAUUAUUUCGAUACUCUCGAUAAACUAAUGGCGAAUAAAACAUCGAUUAAGUAUGUCAAUAAAGACAACGAAAAUAUUUCAGUUAUUGGUAAAAGAAAAAGAAUGGAACCUAUUGAAAAACACUUGUUUCAUAAAAUAAAUUAUCACUUGCCUAUGAAUUUGCGACUGAAGCAAGCUGAAGAUCGGAUUUUGCGCUUGGAAUCGUUAUCCCCGGAGUAUUGGCAUUUUAUC